AUGUACAGAAAGAGUGCAAAAGAGCGACUUCCCUUUCCUGUCCCGCCUUUCUGCAAGAAAUGCUAUGCGGAAGCCUGUUUGUUUGCAGCGAAGUUAAAGAGGGGGAUUGCACGGAGGGUGCCUCAAACUAAAGGAUACAUCUGGGGGGUGAAGGCUGAGGGAGAACCAUCAGGAGUAUCACUGGACAAAGCUGAGGAGCAGGUGCAGGAACAGAAACUGAGGAGUCAAGAUGGAGCAAAGAGACAAGAGGGGAGACCAACGCAGACGCCAGGAGAUGAAUUUGGAACUUCUCAGGGUGGUGAAUAUAAAAUUCAACAGGAAACUGAAUUGAAGUAUGAAUGCUUGGAAUGUGAAAAGAGUUUUCAGUACAGCUCAGAUCUUACUUCACAUGAAAGAAUGCAUACAGGAGGGAAACCAUAUAAAUGCCUGGAGUGUGGAAAGAGCUUCAGUUGCAGUGGCCACCUUACUGCACAUCACAGAACUCAUACAGGGGACAAACCUUAUAAAUGCUUGGAGUGUGGAAAGAGCUUCAGUGAGAAUAGCACCCUUAGUAAACAUAGAAGAACUCAUACAGGGGACAAAACUUAUAAAUGUUUGGAGUGUGGAAAGAGCUUCAGUCGGAGUGACACCCUUACUUUGCAUCACAGAACUCAUACAGGGGACAAACCUUAUAAAUGCUUCGAGUGUGGAAAGAGCUUCAGUUGCAGUGGCCACCUUACUGUGCAUCACAGAACUCAUACAGGGGACAAACCUUAUAAAUGCUUGGAGUGUGGAAAGACCUACAGUCAGAGUAGCAACCUUAGUAGACAUGAAAAAACUCAUAUAGGUGACAAACCUUAUAAAUGCUUGGAGCGUGGAAAGGGCUUCAAUCAGAGUAGCAGCCUUAGUUUGCAUCACACAAUUCAUACAGGGGACAAACCUUAUAAAUGCUUUGAGUGUGGAAAGAGCUUCAGUCAGAGUAGCAGCCUUACUGUGCAUCACAGAACUCAUACGGGGACAAACCUUAUAAAUGCUUGGAGUGUGGAAAGAGCUUCAGUAACAGUAGCCACAUGCAUCGAAAAACUUAUACAAGGGGACAAACCUUAUAAAUGCUUGGAGUGUGGAAAGAGCUUCAGUGCGAGUAGCACCCUUAGUAAACAUAGAAGAACUCAUACAGGGGACAAACCUUAUAAGUGCUUGGAGUGUGGAAAGAGCUUCAGUCGGAGUGACACCCUUACUUUGCAUCACAGAACUCAUACAGGGGACAAACCUUAUAAAUGCUUCGAGUGUGGAAAGACCUUCAAUCGGAGUAGCAGCCUUAGUUUGCAUCACAGAACUCAUACAGGGGACUGUGAUGUUCCUGCUUAUAUUGUAAAUAUGGUAAGUGCUGCUUAUAUAGAAGAUAUAGGGUAAGUGGAGUGAAAGAGGAGGGGGAGUACAUGAGCAGUAGAAUGCUGGAUGAUUGGCUGAGCAUUUGAAUGGCUGGCAGUAUAAAUGGAAGAAUGACAGUUGAAUCUGGGAAGUGGAUGUUAGAGGUUUAGAGAGGUGAAAGAGGUUUUGGUGGUGUUUGGAGGUCGUUGUUGUUGAGAGUGAGUCGGAGUUCUGAGGCAAUUAAUGAGAAGUAAAGUACAUGUCAGAAUAUAGAUGAAACCAUACGCUUGUAAACAAAGUCUUAAGUAAUCUUGUUA